CAGGCUGGAUCACAACAUGUAGUUCACGUGCUUCAAGUUUUUAAAUCACCUGUUCUUUGACUGAUUCGUUUUAAUAUUUUAUCAGCUGACUCGAUGGUGAAAUGAACUAAUGGCCGACUUCAUAAAUCCGGAGAAUGAAGUCGAUCUUCAGGCUCAAAUUGAAGAGGUCGAAGCUCUGUCUUCCAUCUAUGGGGAUGAAUGGUGUGUUAUAGAUGAAGCAUCCAGAAUAUUUUGCAUCAAAAUAUCCAACGAUUUGGAGGAGCCAAAACUGACCGCAUGCUUGCAGAUAAUUCUCCCACCUGAUUAUCCAAGUGCAUCCCCCCCUAUCUACCAGAUCAAUGCAGCAUGGUUGCGAGGCCUCGAGAGGGCCAAAUUGGCAAACAGCCUGGAAGACCUCUAUGUGGAGCAUGUCGGGGAGAGCAUCCUCUACCUGUGGGUGGAAAAAAUUCGAGAAUUCCUUGUGGAGAAAUCCCAGAGAUCAGAAACAGUGGAUCAACCAGAAAAGGUGAACAUGACGGCGGAGGAGGACGUGGACGAUGAUGAAGACCUACCAGACUUCAGGACUUUACAGCUGAACACAGAAAACGCACAUCUCUUCGCGGAUCACGCAGACGACGAAGAGGUACCGCCUAUAAAACAUGGAAAUACCAUCACAGACCGACGCAGUACCUUCCAGCCUCACUUAUCACCUGUGGUGACUCCCAGACAGGUGAAAAUGGUCCUGGAGAAGCUGUAUGAAAACAAGAAGAUUGCUAGCGCCACUCAUAACAUUUAUGCAUACAGGAUUUUCUGCGAGAAUAAGCACAGCUUUCUGCAGGACUGCGAAGACGACGGCGAGACGGCCGCAGGGGGGAGAUUGCUCCAUUUGCUGCAGAUCCUGGACGUGCGGAAUGUCAUGGUGGUCGUAUCUCGAUGGUAUGGAGGUAUUUUACUGGGUCCUGACCGCUUCAAGCACAUCAACAACUGUGCUAGAAACAUCCUGGUAGAGGAGGGAUACACUGCCUCCACGGAUGAGGCCAGCAAAUCAGGAGCGAAGACCAAAAGGCCAAAAAGCAAGAAGACAAAGUGAAUUUUGAAAGAGAAAAAGACUUUUGAUCAACACAUUUUCACUGUAUUCUGAAAAGGUUGUUUUUAUUCACGUGUGUCUUAAUGCAGACAAACUGUGAUUUCUUGCAAUUAAAAUAACUUAUUCUAAACGAUUACAACAUUAAAAGGUCUGUGUUAUGAAAUUGCUAUUUCAGCCGAGCUCUGGAAUUGAUAUAGCAUCAGUUUGAGUGAGAAACCUUGAAAUGAGAUGUUUACAGCACAAUAUAUUUUCAUUAAAAUGAUCAAACCAAGAGAUUUGGGCAGAAAAUAUGA